AUGAAGGCUUCGACCUUGAUCAGCAUUGCUGGAAUUGCUGCUGUCGCUGUUUGUCAGAACUCAACGAUCAGUACAUCGACAUUGACCUCUUCGACCGCUUCGCUCUUACCGUCGACUGCCUCCAGUUCUUCUCUUGUAUCAUCGAGCUCGUCCACCGCCGUCUCUUCAUCCAUUUCUUCUGGACUGACCGCACUGACGGUGGCUACAGAUGGCUCGGCUCAAUUCACCGCUAUCAAUGCUGCCAUCAAUGCUGCUCAGAACAGUGGUAUCCCUACAGUCGUCGUCAAGGCAGGUACAUACUCUGAGAGCAUCGCUAUCAGCGGUACUCAGACUGUGACCAUCAUUGGACCCACUGCUAGUUCUGUUGCCCAAAAUCAGGUCGUUAUCAUUGCAAGUGGCGCCAACGGUGUGGUCAGUAUUGCCACGAGUGCCACUAAAGGAGUCACCUUCAAGAAUCUUAACUUGACCAACACCGGUACUGGAACUGCCCCUGCUGUGUCGAUUAGAGGCUCUAAGCAUGGGUUCUACAACUGUGCCCUGAUAUCUAACGGGGCGGGUGUCUAUUCCUCUUCUUACGGAACGGCUCUGAUUGCAAAUUCCUACAUCGAGGGAUCGGACAAGCUCUUUUACAACUAUCCUACUGUAUACGUCUAUGGAUCUAUAAUUGUACCGACCGUCGGCAGCGCUUCCAUUAUGUACGCCAAAGGUGUAGCUCCUGGCAUUGCGAAUAAUGGUAACUCCACAAUUGUCGUCGACUCUAGUUCUGUGGUUCAGAAAGCUGGCUUCACCAACACUUACGUUUACCUCGCGGCACCCAACGGCAACUACACUCAAGCGAUCUACCGUAAUAGUAAUCUUGGGAGUUUGAUCGCUCCCAGCGGAUUCUAUGUAUCAUCUACAUCAUCUGAAUUGACGAGCAGUGUCUCCAGCGGCAGCAUCGCUGGCAGUAGCACUGUGAUUGCUUCCAGUUCGAGCGUCUGUGCUACGCCUACUCCUUCAGCAACUUUGAUUGUAUCCCAGAAUGGUACCGCCUGCCAGUACAACAACAUCUCUGCCGCUAUCGCCGCUCUCCCUAAUGAUAGCAAGCCAUACACUAUCUACAUCAAGCCUGGCACAUACAAUGAGCAGAUCAGCAUCACCAGAAACGGCAAGGUCACUCUCCUUGGAGAGACUAGUUUCAAGAAUGAUUACAGCCAGAACCAGGUCAAGAUUCAGUUCUCGAGUGGAAGACUCACCUCCGCAGGUCAAAACGAGCAGACUCCUGUCAUCAAUUCAAAGAAGACCAACGAUAACUCCGGUCUGGCUUUAUACAACAUCGACUUUAUCAAUUCAUACCCCCAAACAGCCAACACAGCCGCUCUUGCCGCCGAUUUCUAUGGUAACAACAUGGCUGCCUACGGUUGCUCGUUCAUUGGCUUCCAAGAUACUCUUUUGGCCAAUAAGGGUGUUCAAGUCUUCUCAAACUGUUACGUCGAGGGUAGCGUUGAUUUCAUCUGGGGUUUUGGAACAGCCUACUUCUACAAGUCGGUCAUUGCUUCCAACACCAAAGGCGCAUGUGUAUCUGCUCAAGGCCGCGUUUUGGGCACCCCAUCGGCAUACAUCUUUGACAGCUGCUACGUCACAUAUACCUCAACCUACGGAAGCACAUUUUCAGCCAGUUUCCUCGGUCGUCCUUACAGUAACUACUCUACAGUUGUCUACAAGAACAGUUACCUCGACAAGCAUAUCAAUGCUGCUGGCUGGCAGGUCUGGUCGACUAGCAACCCUCAGACAUCUAAUGUAUUCCUCGGAGAGUACAACAACACAGGCCCUGGAUCAUGGGUAACCGGUACAGCUCGCGUGUCAUUCGCGACCAACAUGACCGAUGAUCAGGUUGCAGCUUAUGCUCUUGCAAGCUGGGUAGGCGACACCAGUUUUAUCGACCAGGCUGCUUGGAACUAUGAGACUUCGUGGAGUUUCCCGGCAUCAACAACCACCGGCGGUGCAAGUAGCACAUCUUCGGGUGUUUCGGGUCCCACUAGUACUUCAUCAAUCAAUGCCCAUCCUGAUAGCGGCACUGCGCCUCCUCAAUAUGCCGUCGUCGUGUCGGCUGAUGGUCAGCACAAUGCUUCAUUCACGAACCUGACCGCUGCUCUUGCUUCUCUUCCAAACGACAAUACCAAUCAGACGAUCUUCCUCUAUGCGGGUACCUACACCGAACAGAUCCCUUCCAUCAAUCGCCCAGGUGCUGUCCGCGUCAUUGGAUAUACUUCUGGCAACCCAGGACAAAACUACAAGGACAACUCAGUCACUGUGACGUUCGCACGUGGUCUUUCCGUUUCUCCUCUGCCAGUUGGUCAUAACGAUGCGGAAACUGCAACUGUCGCAACUGCCUCGAACAGAAUUUCGUUCUACAACGUCAACUUUAUCAACUCAGAUAACCUUGAUGGUCUGGAGCCAAACUACGUCACUUUAGCUGCUUCCAUCUAUGGUAAUGACAUCGGUUUCUAUGGAUGCUCAUUCCAAGGUUGGCAAGAUACCCUUCUCACCGGUGCGACCGCUGGCUACCAGUAUUAUGAGUCUUGUUACAUCUCUGGAGCUAUCGACUUUAUCUGGGGCUACUCCAAGUCUGUGUUUGUUGGUUGCACGAUCGGUGCUAAACGAGCAAAGUCUGCUAUGACUGCUCAGAGUCGUGCAUCUGCCUCGGCCAUUGGCGGCUACAUCUUUGACCGAUGUCUCUUCACUGCUGCUACCGAUGCAACGGUUGAUCUCACUAACACGGUGUAUCUUGGUCGUCCAUACUCUGCGUAUGCACUUGUGGUUGUCAAGAACUCAUACCUCGAUAGUAUUAUCAAUCCAUCAGGAUGGAAGAUCUGGUCUGCAACUGACCCUCGUACCGAUCACAUCACUUUUGCCGAGUAUAACAACGUUGGUCCUGGCUCUUGGGAGAACAACGUCGCUGCACGACAAGCAUUUGGAAAUGCGACUCUCCUGACGUCUGAUACUUACUCCUUGGCAUCUAUCAUGGAUAGCACAUCCUGGAUUGAUCAAACCUACUCGAACUCUAUUGUAGCGCCUGCACCUGCGGUAGUCAACACUACUACUCCCACCAAUGUCACAGUGUCCGGCUCAAGCUCUUACAAUGGUACUGUACCUCCUACUGGUGCUCUCGUCGUUUCCAAGAAUGCUAUCGAUGGUCUCACUACUUAUGAUACUAUCCAAGCCGCUCUCAACGCCGCACCUACUUCGAGUAAGACCAAUGCUACCAUUUUCAUCUAUCCUGGUGUAUACCAAGAGCAGUUGAUUGUCAACAAGAGUGGUACUACCAUCUUCAUGGGUUACUCUGACUCGACUGAUGAUUACAACAAGAACCAGGUCACCAUUCAGCAGUCUUAUGGUGAGGACACUCAGGGUACUGGGAGUGAUGUUGAUGCUGCUACUGUUUAUGCGACUGGAAACUACUUUUAUGCCUACAAUGUCAAUUUCAGAAACAACAACGGAACUCAGCAAAACAUUGCCUCCCUUGGAUUUGCUGUCAAGAGCAGCAAGUAUGCUUUUAUGCAUGGCUGCCAGAUCUAUGGCAACCAAGACACUUUGUACAUCUCUGGAAAUAUGUUCACCUUCAAGACCUACAUCGAGGGCAAUGUUGAUUUCAUCUUCGGCGCUGGGUCUGGUUACUUCCUCAACUCGACCAUCUCACCUAACGAGGAUGGCGACUCGAUUACCGCUGCCAAGCGCGCAACAAAUACUACUGCUGCUGGCUUCGUGUUUGAUCAAUGCUCUAUCAUUCCAGCUGCAGGCUCGUCCGGUUUUAAGAAUGUCUCGUUAGGACGACCAUGGAACAAUUUUGCUCGUGUCUUGUAUGCUGGUUGUUACCUCGAUGACUCUGUCGGCUCGGCAGGAUGGACUCAAUGGAGCAAAUCUUCACCUCAGACUGAUGGUGUCACUUUUGCCGAAUACCACAAUUUCGGUCCUGGUAGCAGCACUUGCAAUCGCGCCAGCUUCUCGCAGCAGCUUUCCGACGUCGAUGUAGCUCAGUUCCAACUGGCCAAUUUCUUCCCUACUACAUCGUGGAUCGACUUUUCCGUUGUUGAUGUUCAGCCUUUCACUGCUGGAUUUGGUUCUGCUCCUGCCGCAUGCGUCAGUUCUUCAUCUUCGUCCUCGUCCAUGCUUUCGACAUCGUCGUCAAGCAGCUCGGUGACUCUGCCCUUAAUCACCACCCAGAUCACAACCACUAUUGUCCAGAAAGCCACGACCUACACCACUCUUGUGCAAGGGGAUGUCACUUCGACGCAAGUAACAUAUGUGACGGAGAACGAUGGUACUACGGUCACCCCUCCAGCCAUCCUCAAGACUUCAGUUGUCAAGGCAACAGAUAUUGUGUUUUCGACAACUACAAUAUCCGCCAAAAUUGCGACAGUGAAAUCCACCUCAGUUGUCUUGUCUACCGUCAGUGCCUCUGCAAAGGACGUCACGAUCAAGCAGACUUCUGUCGUCUCGGUUGUGACGACUGUUGCGGGCAAGGAUACCACUAUCAAGAGUACUGAAACCGAUUUAUUCAUGACAACUGUUGCCGGGAAAACAUCGACCGUCAAAGCAACUAGCACGGUUCUCGCAACCUCAACAUCGUCUUUGAAGCCCGUCACGGUUACUGAGAAUCUGGGCUCCUUGGUGACUACCACGACGAAGGGAACGACUAUCACAGCUUCUUGUGUUCCUACUGCAGGCGCGGCUAAGCUCUUCAAAAGAGGUCUUGAGGCUCGUGCUGCUGGAACCACUACCAUUUUCGUCAGCACCACAGUAAUUUCGUAUAUCAAGACCUCGGUGGUCACUAGUGCAGGUUCAACUAUCUAUACGAGCCUGACGAGCACGAGCACAAUCGCACCAACCAGCACGGUAAAGGCAGUUACCUCAACUGUUCUUAGCACUUCUUUCGCAACUUCGAUUGACCUCAUCACCGAAAGUGCUGCCGUGUCGACAUUUACCUCGGUGGUACUAUUGACAUCAGUAACUACCGAGAGCGCUUCAGGAUCGACCGUGACUAGCCUUGCAUACAGCACUGCUUUAAGCACAGUGUCGCUACCAGGAAAUACCAUCUACAGUGUCGCAACUGUUCGCUCAACUGAACAGAUCUCGGCAGCAGCAGCGACCGUGACAAGCUUGAAGCUUGUGUCUAGCACCACCGUAGUUACUGCCGCGCAGUCAACUGUAACAAUCACGAAUGCUGCAGAUUCAUCAACGACCAUCUUGACCACGCUUCCGGCGUCGACGACCACAGUUUACAAGACUAGCUCGCUCAAGGGAAGUACGAUCAAGGUUACGGUGACGCCUGCUCCUGCUACCAAGACGACGAUCGUAAAGAGCACUUCUACAGUCUUUACAACUGUUUCAAAAACUGCGAAGAAUGCACCUGCUUGUACGGAUUAGAUAGUUGUUGGUUUUUGGUACAUGGCACUUUUUAUGAUUUUCAUGUUAUACUAGACACGU